GGUGAUUGAUUGAUUGCAACUGUGUGUUUUGUUAAUUUGAGGGAAUAUGCAACAUAACAUUUUUGCAACGAUGCGUAGUUUGAAUAUGAUUGAAGGAUGUAAAGGAACACAAAUUUAUGCUUUUAAUCAAUCUGGGAAAACCACAACUAAUGGUUAUGGUGGUGGAGGUGGGGUUGGUGAGAAAUUUCUACAACAUCUUCAUGAAAGGGUAAGUUCUGUUAGGUCAAAGUCUAAUAGGAAUUACCAAGCUAUGCAACCCAAAGAUAAUGUGAAAUCUGCUGUUUUAGUUGAAGCUUUAGCUAGUUAUGGCCUACCUCAAACUGAUUUUAUUGAACCCCAGAUUGAAUCUUAUCUGAAAUCUGUUAAUUUUGUGGAGACGUUAGCUGAUGUUUAUCGUAGGAUGGAGGGUUGUUCUAAGUUUGAGAUAUCAGGGAUGUAUCUUGAACAAUGUGCAAUAUUUAAGGGGUUAUCAGAUCCUAAGUUAUUUAGGAAGUGCCUAAAGUCGGGUAGAGAACAUGCUGUUGAUGUGCAUUCUAAGGUUGUGCUUUCCGCGUGGUUGAGGUUUGAUAGAAGAGAGGAUGAGCUUAUUGGUGUAUCGGCUAUGGAUUGUUGUGGGCGAAGUAUUGAAUGUCCGAGGAGUUCUUUGGUGUCAGGGUAUAAUCCUGAAUUAGCUACUGAUCCUUGUUUGUGUCACCAGAGACCUGUACAAGAUGAGGAUACUGAAAUUUACAUUGGAGAUGAGGAAUGUUCGACAUCAAUUAGUCAUGAUUAUGAGGAGGAGGAUUAUGAUAUGUCAUUUUGCAUGGGGGAUGAAGAGAUAAGGUGUAGGAGAUUUAAUAUGGCUUCACUUUCGAGGCCAUUUAAAGUGAUGCUGUAUGAUGGUUUUAUGGAGUCUCGAAGGGAGAAGAUAAAUUUUUCACAGAAUGGGAUUUCUGCAAAGGGGAUGAAAGCUGCUGAGAUGUUCAGCAGAACGAAAAGUGUGGAGUCUUUUGAUCCAGACACUGUCUUAGAGCUCCUAUCAUUGGCCAACAAGUUCUGUUGCAAUGAAAUGAAGUCUGCUUGUGAUGCUUAUUUAGCAUCAUUGGUUUUUGAUAUGGAUAGUGCUAUGUUACUUAUUGAAUAUGGGCUGGAGGAGACCUCAUAUGUUCUCGUGGCAGCUUGCUUGCAGGUGCUAUUGAGGGAACUUCCAAAUUCAAUGCACAACCCCAACGUGUCAAGGCUCUUCUGCAGUUCAGAGGGUAAGGACAGAUUAGCUUCUGCAGGGCAUGCUUCGUUCUUGCUGUAUUAUUUUCUGACCCGAACAGCUAUGGAGGAGGACAUGAAAUCAAACACAACUGUAAUGCUCUUGGAAAGACUGGGAGAAUUUUCAAGCAUAGGCUGGCAGAAACAGCUUGCAUUCCACCAGCUAGGUUGUGUGAUGCUUGAAAGAAAAGAGUAUAAAGAUGCUCAAAAAUGGUUUGAGGCAGCUGUUGAAGCUGGUCAUGUUUAUUCCUUAGCUGGCAUUGCCAGAGCCAAGUACAAGCGCGGCCAUAUGUACAAGGCAUAUAAGUUGAUGAACUCCAUCAUAUCUGACUGCACACCUUCUGGGUGGAUGUAUCAGGAGCGAUCCCUGUAUUGUCAUGGCAAGGAAAAGACGAUGGACUUGAGUACCGCUACUGAAUUGGAUCCAACCCUUUCUUAUCCAUAUAAAUACAGAGCUAUGUCAAUGGUUGAGGAGAAUAGAACUGAGGCAGCCAUUUCUGAGAUCGACAAAAUAAUUGGUUUCAAGGUCUCUCCUGACUGCCUUGAGCUUCGUGCUUGGUUCUUAAUUGCCCUGGAGGACUAUGAAGGGGCUUUAAGGGAUGUCAGAGCACUGUUGACUUUGGAUCCCCAGUACGUGAUGUUCCAUGGGAAAUUGCAAGGUGAUAAAUUGGUGGAGCUGUUACGUCAUACUGUUCAGCAGCGCAAUCAGGCUGAUUGCUGGAUGCAACUAUAUGACAGAUGGUCCUCUGUAGAUGAUAUUGGCUCCUUAGGUGUUGUUCACCACAUGUUGGCCAAUGACCCUGGGAAGAGUCUCUUACUGUUCAGGCAAUCUCUCCUUCUUUUACGGUUGAACAGCCACAGAGCUGCAAUGCGUAGUCUGAGAGAAGCCCGAAACCAAGCUACCUCCGAGCAUGAAAGGCUAGUCUAUGAAGGAUGGAUACUAUAUGACACAGGUUAUCGUGAAGAAGCUAUUUCUAAAGCUGAAGAGUCCAUCUCAAUCCAGAGAUCAUUUGAAGCCUUUUUCCUAAAAGCAUAUGUUUUAUCAGAAACAAAUUCAGAUUCUGAGUCAUCAUUGUAUGUAAUACAACUGCUUGAGGAAGCUCUUAGAUGCCCUUCAGAUGGUCUUAGGAAAGGCCAGGCUCUGAGUAAUCUGGCAAGUAUCUAUGUAGAUGUUGAUAAGCUAGACAGUGCAAUUGAUUGCUACGUGAAUGCCUUGACUAUUAAGCAUACACGAGCCCAUCAGGGCCUGGCACGUGUUUACCACCUCAAAAACCAGAGGAAAGCCGCAUAUGAUGAGAUGACAAAGUUGAUUGAAAAGGCAAGCUACAAUGCAUCAGCUUAUGAGAAGCGUUCUGAAUAUUGUGAUCGUGAAUUGGCAAAAAGUGAUCUUACAAUGGCAACAAAGUUAGAUCCCCUCAGAACAUAUCCAUACAGAUACAAAGCAGCUGUUCUAAUGGAUGACCAUAAGGAAUCUGAGGCCAUUUCAGAGCUAACAAAAGUCAUAGCUUUCAAGCCUGACUUACACCUGCUCCAUCUUCGAGCAGCUUUUCAUGACUCGAUGAAUGAGCCUACGUCUACCAUUCGAGAUUGCGAAGCAGCACUGUGUCUUGACUCUAGCCAUGCAGAUACACUUGAGCUUUAUUCAAAAGCACGACAACGAUCUAAUGAAUAACGAUAAAUGUGAAAGAGCAGAUAAAAUCAUUGGCUUUUUCAGGAUUGUUACUUUUUGGACAGUCAGUCACUGACUCACUUCUCCCUAAAUUCUUUUAAGGUGCAGACAGGGCCAAUACUAAUUCAUGUGAUGAUCCACUUCGUUUACACUUCAAGGAAUUCAGAUGAGACAUCCAAUGACCGCUACACAUGGCAGCGACAAAAAUCUUAAAAGAAAAGAAGAGUUAGAAAUCAAAAUCGUGAUGAGAGGAAAAUACUGAAAAGAUAAAAAAGUGAGGGAAGUUGUAAAUAAAAAUGCAUUCUAACUCGAAAUAUUUUUGAACUUCAUAGUGCAGAAUGCUGCUGAUUCUGUUUGUAACACUGCAAAGAUAGGGUUCCUUCUGUAUGUACAUUGAACUGCAGCAUACUAUGAAUGUCUGGUACUCUGCUCAGUCAGAGUUUUUCCAAUGUGA